AUGAAGCAAGAUUUGUUCGCAUACUUGCCAUCAGAAAUCUGCAUCGAUAUCCUAUUGAGACUCUCUCUUGAAAACACUGCAAUUUGCAAGUGCGUUUGCAAACCAUGGCUAAAUCUCAUCGAGAGUCACUAUUUUCUCGAGUCCCAUAUUUCUAAAUCCCCUCCAACCCUAGUAGUCUCCAUACCUGAUCCUAAUUCAAAUUGGUUCACUCUUUUCAAUUUAGAAGACAAGCGCAAGGGCAAGCCCAAGAACAAUGCAAUCACCAAGUUUGAUUUCCCCCAAGCCACAACGAUUCAGGGUUCCGCCAAUGGUUUGCUUCUUCUCAAACACCAUUCUAUCGAUCUUCUUUACAUAUGCAAUCCCAUCACCCGUGAAUUUGUUGAGAUAUUAGGCCCUGGAGAAGGUUGUUAUGGAUUUGGAGUGAGCAGAAUAAGCGGACAACAUAAGGUUGUCCAUCUUAACCCUAAACACGGAUGUCAUGUGUACACUCUUGAGUCUGGAUCUUCGUGGAGACGCGUUAAAUCUGCUGCCCCUCGUUUGAUAGCUGUUUGA